UCUCAGCGCACAGCCCGACCAGAACCAACGGUUUUGGCCAUCCAAGCCUGGAAACGCCAACAAAGCGUCCGCACUCGCCGGAAAUCGUAAGAGCCGAAAGCGUAAAGCGUAAAUUUGACAUCAACGAGGAAAAUGAGCCCAAAGGUUAGUCUCUGCGCCCAGCUGCAUUCUUCACACAAAUAUUUCUGGCUGACAUGGAGCGGACGAGGGAGCGAGAGUUUUUGCAGAUAGAGUGAGCGCAUGAUGUGGGGUUUGCACAAAAAAUGUAUCUUUUGUUAUUUGAUGAGCCAUUAUAUGUAUCUAACUAAUUCUCCUCUACGUUUACACAACCUGUCAAUCUUGCUACGUGGCCCCGAUAUUCCAAUAAAAGUGUAAUAAAAAGAGUCAAAUAUGGAAAUGGCAAUUCAAGCAGUUCAAGCUUUAACUUGAUUUCUUGUUUUGCUGUCAAUCUUUGCGUCACGCAGAAUAACAAUAAAUAUAAUGUAUGUAUGUUGCAGUGCAAGUAAGUACAUGAGUCCGCUUAUCGUAGUGACGGAUAUCAAUUAAAUCUAUUUUGAACACUCACAAAAGUAAAUUUAAUAAUCAUUAUAGUGUUUUGAACAGUUCGAUCGUUUAUAAUAAUAAUAAUAUUUAAAAUGGAAUUAAAAUUUUAAAAAAUUGUAAUUAUCAAAGUUCUGUGCAAUCCCCAUGGAGCUGCUCUCGAUAGUUGUAGGGUUUCAUUGCCUGUUGCGUCCUUGAACUCAAUUCACUCUAACUUGAUUUGGUUGUGGUUUAGCUUUUGGAACGACUGAGAGUGUAGAACAUGUCUCCUGUGAAAUCGAAUCGUGUUAAGUACAGGAAAAGGUUUGAGGAUGCGAGGAUUUGCAGUGGCGAGAAUGUUGAAACUGAAGCUGAUGAAACACAAACAGCAAUAUCCAUCGCUGAGACUGCAAUCCUGAAUUCAAGCGUCAAUUCGACUGCUAUCACUGAUAAAGGAUGGGAUCUACCUCACACGGUGACCAAACUGGAGAGCCCCUCGGGAGGGGAGGUUUACCUGGUAGGCACAGCUCACUUCAGCAAGGAGAGUCAGGAGGAUGUUGCCAAGGUCAUUCAACGAGUUCAGCCGCACAUAGUAACUGUGGAGCUGUGCAAGUCGAGGAUAAAUAUCUUGCAGUUGGACGAGCAGACUAUCCUGGAGGAAGCCUCAAAUAUAGACUUUGCGAAGAUCAGAGCCACAGUCCAACAAAACGGGGCGUUCAACGGCAUGAUGUAUCUGUUACUCCUCUCCAUGAGUGCCCAUCUCACGAAGGAGCUGGGAAUGGCUCCAGGAGGAGAAUUCCGCAGAGCUUUCCAAGAAGCGAAGAGAGUGCCUCAAUGCCAGAUUCACCUUGGGGACCGUCCGAUCAAUGUGACUCUGCAGAGAGCCCUGUCGUCCCUGUCGUGGUGGCAGACCAUCAAGCUGACCUGGCAUAUCUUGACCUCGCGAGAUCACAUCAGCAAGGAGGAGGUCGAAAAGUGCAAGCAGAAGGAUCUUCUCGAGGAGAUGCUGGAAGAAAUGACUGGAGAGUUCCCUGCCCUGAGCAAAGUUUUUGUUCACGAAAGAGAUCUUUUCUUAGCGCACUCUCUUGCUCUGGCAGCGCAGCCAAAUGGGAAUAUUCCGUCUCGGGUAGUCGGCGUUGUGGGAAUCGGCCAUGUCCAGGGAAUAAAAGACAACUGGGGCAAAGUAGACGAAGCAACCAUUCAGAGCAUCAUGGCACUUCCUCAACCAUCGAGGACAAGCAAGGUCAUCAAAUUCACCAUGAAAGUGUCUGCAAUUGGUCUGGUUGUGUGGGGAGCGUACAAACUCCUUCCUGUUCCCAGGAUCACAGCUUUAGUGAAGUAAUCAACAGUGACACAAAAGAUGACUACGUCCACGAAGACAUUAGGCUCGUUUACACGCCCGUGAAUGUACCUGGACCUGGUUGUCCCCCUGACAUCUUUGAUGAAGUCAUUGCAUGUGGUUGUCUAUGCCAGGACACUUGUUCCUCGUUAAAUUCACAAUGUUUGUGUGUGUCCAGGCAUGGACCCAACUACUCUAACGAUGGAGCAAUCCUGAACUAUCAAGACCCUAUAUUUGAGUGUAAUUUAAGUUGUAAGUGCAAGUCGAGUGAGUGCAAGAACAGAGUGGUGCAGUCAGGCCCAGCGUACGGCCUUCAAGUUUUUGAGACCGGCUUCAAAGGGCGUGGUCUCAGAACGAGUCGUCAUAUUCCAAAAGAUCACUUCAUAUGUGAGUACGCAGGCGAAAUUUUAGGACCUGCCGAAGCGUCUCGAAGAGCUAUCGCACAGGGGCCUGGCAGCAAUUAUAUCUUGGUCGUCCGAGAGCACUCGGAGGGAGCCUCAACAGUAAUCACCACCAUCGUGGACCCUACCUGCGUAGGGAAUAUUGGCCGAUAUGCAAAUCACUCGUGCGACCCAUCCGCAGUGAUGGUUCCUGUCAGGUCGUCCAGCCUGGUGCCUCACCUCGCCCUUUUCGCUGCUAGAGAUUUAGACGCGGGCGAAGAAGUCACGUUUGACUACGCCGGUGGCGAUAAAAUGCCUUCUCUGUCCACAACGCCAUGCCAAUGUGCUUCUGGUAAGUGCAGAAGCUUCCUGCCCUGGGAUCCGUGCUUGUUGUAGUGUUUUCCAUGGUGCUGGUUUUGAUUCUUAAAAUUUGACUUAACGCUCCCUCUAUUUAAUUGUGUAAUACAUUUUUGCAAGCCUGCCAAAUUUAUAAGACACUGACAAACACGUGUUAUUUUGUGCACACAUGCUAACUUAUGAUAAGUGAAUUAAUAAAUCUUAUUUUUGCCUUUGAAGCAA